AUGAGGCACACGAUGAAGCUGCUGGUAGGAUUUUUGUUCAUCUUCGCAGUCAAUUUCCCCAUCGCAUCCAGCACGUUGCGCCGUGCAUUGGUUCUGCCCGAGACGGAGUACGAAAGAAUUCUGGAACAGUCUGGACCGGCGAACCGGAAUGCCGUCAGCGUGGAUGGUGCUGGGUCGUAUCCACCGUUCGGAACAGUGCCGUUUCGCUGUGAGGAUGGAUACUUCCGGUGCAACAACACGCUUCAGUGCAUCGAGCAGAGCAAGAACUGCAACGGAUUCCCCGACUGUGACGACGGUUCGGAUGAGCUCGAGUGUGAUGAUGCCGUUGGAAGGAAUUAUUAUGAUCAUUACUUCCGCAAGCGACCGGCUGCCAUCAACGAUCAGCUACCCUACACGACCUGCAGCUGGAAUGACGCCAACAAUACCUGCAAAUGUCGCGGAACGGAUGUGCUGUGCGAGUACAAGGGACUCACGUCGUUACCAUCGGUACUCACCUCGGAAAACGUCACACUGCUCGAUCUCACAGGGAAUGUGUUUAUCGAGCUGAAUAUGAAUGUGUUCCAGCGGUUUCCCGAGCUCAACACAUUAGUUCUGAGGCACUGUUCGAUCGAGCGUAUCGAACCGGUCAAGCUGGCCAACAGUAUCGACGCGCUACACCUGGACCAGAACGGUUUGACUAUGCUGCCGGAUAUCUUUUUUCCACCCGGGACGUUACUAAGAAUACUUGUUCUGAGCGGCAACAGAAUUAAUCGACUCGGAAGGAAGAACUUUGUCAAUUUGGAGUUUCUGGAGGAGCUUGACUUAAAAGACAACCAGAUCGAUUCACUCACGGAGGACGUGCUGGUACCGCUGACAAAUCUUCGCAUACUGUAUCUAAAUAAUAACAGACUACGGAAGUUGGUCCCGGGCAUGAUACCGCAGCUGGUAACACUGCAAACGCUAUCACUGGCGAAGAACCAAAUCGAGACGAUAGAAGUUAGUGCACUGGAUCUUCCGUCGCUGGAACAUCUCUAUUUAUCGGAGAAUUUACUAACCGUGAUCCGAAACGACACGUUCGGCAACCUAACGAAUUUAGUAGGAUUAUUUUUAAAUAGCAACAAAUUAGCCCAUUUCGAGCUGGAUGCGUUCAGCGGCAUUGCCAAACUGGCAACACUAAACCUGCAAGGAAACAAAUUUGACCGAAUCGAUCGGCGCGUGCUGGAUAACCUCACCAACCUGCACCACAUACAUUUCACCGAAUUUCGUCACUGCAAGGCCGCCCUGCACGUGCGUGUCUGCGAGCCGCAAGGCGACGGUAUCAGCAGCAACCGCCAUCUGCUCGACAAUCCAGUGCUGCGAGCCAGUGUGUGGAUAAUGGCGGCGGUAGGUAUUGUCGGGAAUUUGCUCGUUCUGUUCGGUCGCUACAUGGUCGGAUCGCGCAGUAGUCAAGCGCACGCAGAACAUUCGCUCUACUUGCGCCAUCUAGCGGCAAGCGAUCUACUAAUGGGUGUCUACCUUGGGAUCAUAGCAACCGCUGACAUUAUCUUCAGAGGUGAAUACCUUACGCACGACGAAGAAUGGCGCAUGAGUUCGAUCUGUGCGUUUAGUGGCUUUCUGAGCACACUUAGCUGCCAAUCGUCGACACUGCUGCUGACACUCGUCACCUGGGACCGGCUAGUGUCCGUAACGCGCCCACUUUACCAACGUUCGAGCAGCAAAACGCGUGUCAUCUUGCGGCUAGCGUUACUGUGGGGUAUUGCAACGGCCGCAGCAGUCGCCCCACUGUCCGCGACGGAGUACUUCGGACCACACUUCUACGGCAGCAAUGGUGUGUGCCUGUCCGUGCACAUUCACGACCCGUACGCGAUGGGCUGGGAGUAUUCGGCCGGGUUGUUCAUACUGGUGAAUACGGUUUCGCUGCUGUUCAUCGGCAUCUCGUACCUGAGGAUGCUGCAGGCCAUUCGUGUGUCACGCAACGAAACCCGCAACACACUGAACUGCCGGGAAAAGGUGGUCGCCAGAAGGUUCGCCAUCAUCGUUGCAACCGAUUGUGUCUGCUGGAUGCCGGUGAUUGUGGUGAAAUUAGUUGCAUUGGCAGGGUAUGAAAUUUCUCCUUCCCUGUAUGCGUGGCUGGCGGUACUGGUACUUCCCAUCAAUUCCGCCCUCAAUCCCGUAUUGUACACACUGACGACGGCACAGUUUAAGCAACAGCUCGCACGCUUCUGCUAUUCGCUACCAUGUGGCGCUCAUCCAGAAUACGAUUCAGCCAUCGACUCGCGGAAUUCGAUGGCGCAGUUUUCUCACAAUGGCAGCAAACGUUUGAUGAAUCGAAGAGAACGACUCUCCACCAACACGAAGGUGUACGAGUUCAAAUAG